AAGGAAGAAGAAGAAGAGUAAUUUUUUAGUUCAAUAUGGCGCGGGAAACAGAGCCAGAAAUGGAGACUGUUGGGACAGAAGAGGAAGAGAAGGACCGCUUCUCUUCUUCAUCUUUAAAACUUUAUGAAGCGCAAUUUUUCAGCUUCACCCCUCAGACCUGCAUGGCAAGGAUCUACAGCUCCUUCCAUGAAUGUCUGUGCGACAUUUUAGCCUUGGUGGAGAAGGAGUGUGUUAGGGAGCUGGGGAAAGGCCAGUUGGACGCGGACGAGGAGCUACUCCGGUCCAGGGCCAGAGAGUGCAGCCGCAAGCUGCAGCAUUUCCUAGAGAAGCGCUUCAAGCAGCUGUCGGAGCGGAUGGAGGCGCUGCUGACUAGCCGAUGUUUCACCAUACCACCGAAUGUCCUCCUGCCCGAGGACCAUUCCCAUAAGAAAUACCCCCAGGACAUCCAGGAAGUGCUGAAGCUUGAGUCGUCCCUAGCAGACCUCCACAGAGCUUAUGAAGCAGAGGUUUGUGCCAGACAAGCUCUUCUAGCGGAGCUGGAGGAGCAGAAGGAGGUGCAGAAGCAGCUGGAUGACAUCCUGGAGUGGGUCAGAGAGAUGCAGGCAGGCUGGGCAAAGGAAGGGAACGGCAAUUUCCAGGAGAGCUUCCGCCUUGGUAUAGAAUCCAUAAAGAAACUGCAGAGCGCUGUCAAAGAGGUUCUGAUCCAUAGCAAAACGCUCAACUGAACUGAAACUUGAGGUGCAAUAUAAAAAAUAAAAUAGAUGGUAAUAAUUUUAAUGUUUAGGGAGUUUCUACCUGUUUUUGUGCAGCUAUUCAAUAUAUUCACAUUUUCCCUGUACAUAACAGUCAGACUUAAGCAACAAAAACAGUAGCUCACUAACUGGUUUGUCCUUGAGUCAAUUUUGAAACAAGAAGCAACGUCUUGAUCUCCAACAGGGGGCGCUCUCUCCAUGUGUUACUCAGUUUCCACACUUGCAGUAUGGAUCUGUGGAGAAAUGUAUUUUUGUUCAAUAAAUUAAUCUAAAUUGA